AUGACGCCUUUCAAAAACCUCUUGGCAGCUUUUCUUCCAGCGGUAAUGGACUUUAGCGCUGCUUCAGGAGGAGACGACCACUUGAAUCAUUUAUAUGAGAAAGGCCUGCUCGUGAGGCCCGGAGAUUUGCGUAGAGUUUUGAACGAAACUUCUCAGUGUACUCCCAACGGUCUCUACCAAGCUGAUGGUACGGGCAUAGUACGCUCGGCCCGAGUACAGCAGAGAAGGCUUAUAGUGUUGUUGCCCGCAAUCCUGCAGAUUGAGACAGUAAAGGGAACCGGAAACGAUGAGUCGGACAAGUUGCUGACUUUUGGUUGGAUAACGGGAAUGAAAACAGCCACACCGCACUUGAACUUUCUCCGCACAGAUGGACGUCACGUAUGUCUUAGAGGACGUUUUAUCCGUCCAAGAAAUACAAUUUUGAUCCUGAAAAAUAUGAGUGGAUUCCAAAGAAAGCGUCUACUUCGAGUAGAAGAUGUCAUCGAGGAAGUUCUUGUUUUUGAUGGGCAAUUGAUAGAGACGGAUGAUCAAGGUCAUCCUUCAGAUAGACCAGAGCACAUAAGGGCAGUGCGUCGCAUAGCGUGCGCUACACCGAAAAUUGUGGUGACUGCAGAUAAUGCAGCACCUGGCCAAUCCGGAGGUCCUAGCGUACCAGAAAAUAUGCAAGGAAGACAUGUGGGGCAGGCGCUUGAGUGUACCUUAGUCUGCGAGGAAAUGCGCGCCCGUGGUGAGCUAUCACGAAUCCCUGCCGGAGGUUUGACUGGACAUCUCUCUGAGGAGGAGCAACUUCAACUGAGUGAACAGCAUAAGAGGCUCUAUACGGUGAUAGAGGAAACGUUUGCUGCCCAUGCUAUGAUUGAUAUGAACUGA